AUGGGAAAUAGUUCUUCUCUGAGUUAUUUGAAUCUAGGCGACAAUAAACUCACCGGAACUCUUCCAAAAAGUCUUGGCCAACUUUCAGUGCUAGAAGACUUUUACAUCUAUAACAAUAGGUUGGAAGGUGUUGUAACAGAAAGUCAUUUCUAUGAAUUAACACAACUAAAGGAAUUCAGUGCUUCUGGAAAUAAUCUGACUUUAAAAGUGCGUGGAAACUGGUUUCCACCUUUUCAAGCCUUAGAUUUUCAAAUAGGUGGCUGGAAUAUAGGCCCUUCAUUUCCCAUAUGGCUCCGAACUCAGAAGAUGAUAACGGUUGUUGACAUAUCAGAUGGUGGAAUACAAGGUGAGGUUCCAACUUGGUUUUGGAACUUGUCUUCUCAAAUUCAACUUCUCAAUCUUUCUCACAACCAAUUUGUUGGUGAGGUUCCAAUCAUCUCAACACCAUCUUGGUUAGUUGGAAAUGGAGAUGGUCAUUGGAUAAAAUACUUGGGUUCCAACAAAUUUAGUGGGCCACUACCGUUAAUUUCAACCUAUGUAACUGAGCUAGAUCUCUCGAACAAUUCUAUUUCAAAAGGUUUAUCUUACUUUUUGUGUGAAGCAAAAAAUGGAUCUUAUCAGUUAGAGAUCUUAAACCUCGGGGAAAACGAUUUAUCAGAAGAAAUUCCUGAUUGUUGGAUGAAUUGGCCAAAUUUGAGAGUUUUAAUCUUGAGGGACAAUAACUUGAUUGGAGGCGUACCAAGAUCCAUGAAGUUUUUGAGUAAUUUGCGAUCCUUGGACUUCCGAAGAAAUAGACUUAAUGGUCCAUUUCCUUCAUCCUUGGGAAACUGCACAAAACUGCAUAAAAUAGAUUUAGCUGAGAAUGAGUUUGUUGGGAAAUUACCUUCUUGGUUGGGAUUGAGGUUUCCAACCUUGGUAGUCCUUAUCCUUCGGUCCAAUAAAUUCGAUGAUGAAUUGCCUCAAGAACUUUGUCAUCUCAAAGAUCUUCAGAUCUUAGACCUUGCAAACAAUACAUUCAUUGGAAUCAUACCAAGGUGUAUUAGCAAUUUCAGUGCAAUGGUCAAAGGAAAAGCGGAAGUGGAAGAUUUUGAGUUACAUUAUUCCUAUGAUUGGGGACUUCUGAUAGAGAGCGCAAUGGUGAUGACUAAAGGCAACAUGUAUCAGUAUGACACCAUUUUGGUGUUGUUUACAAGUAUGGAUAUGUCUAGCAAUUAUCUUUCUGGACAUAUUCCUACAAGUAUAACACGUCUUGAAGGAUUAAGAUCAUUUAAUUUUUCCAAAAAUAACCUAACUGGUGGGAUUCCAAAUGGUAUUGGCGACAUGAAAGCAUUGGAAUCUGUUGAUCUUUCAGAAAAUCAACUUUAUGGUCAAAUCCCACAAAGCUUUUCGAGUUUGUUCACUUUGAGCUACUUGAAUCUAUCUGAUAACAAUUUAUCAGGUAUGAUACCAUUGAGCACUCAGCUUCAAAGCUUUAAUCCCACUAGUUUUCAAGGAAACAAACUCUGCGGGCUUCCACUCUUGGUGAACUGCAGUUCAGGUGGUAAAACUCCAAAUCAUGAGUAUGAAGAAGAUGAGAAUGACAAAGAUGAAGUGGAUUGGUUCUACAUUUCAAUGGCAAUAGGAUUUGCACUAAGCUUUUGGGGUGUAUGUGGUUCAUUGCUUUUUAAGAGAUCAUGGAGACAUGCUUAUUUUCGUUUCUUAGACCGUAGCUGGGAAUGGUUGCUUGCAAAGGCUCCGAUAUGUUGA